CCCCCCCCCCCAGCAGGCAAAUAGAACGCCUCCCACCGUAUUGUGACGUUGUAUUGAUGACGACCUAUCAGAAUGAGUUCUAUAAACGGUUCCAGUUCCAACCCAACUCCAUUAUGACAUCACGGUCUUUGUGUUUUGAUUUGAGUGUCAACUUGUUUCUGUGCUGCUAUGUGACAGAAUGUUCAUAUUUCCAUGCAUAUUGAUCUGAGCAUCUUUGAGGAACAAUGCAGCAAGCCAAUGAAAACCAAGCCAGGAGAGAUAGGAGCUGCUUUGAGAGCCUGACCUUAUGGGACCUGAAGAGCCACAACCACAAUCCUUCUCUGUGGGUAGUUAAAGACAGAGAAGAAGAUGUGGAAUACCAGGAGAGAAGCGAGAGUGAGGAAGGAGAUGAAGAGGAAGAGUAUGUAUGUGUGAUAAUAGAAGGGUCAGAGGUUGAGGAAGAUGAGGAGGAAGAGGAAGAGGAGGAGGAAUACGAGGUGACAUGUGUAGGGGAGUAUGAGGAGGAAGAGGAGUGUUUGUUAGAGGUUGUGGUGAAAGAGGAGGAAGAGGAGUGUUUGUUAGAGGUUGUGGUGAAAGAGGAGGGAGUAGAGGAGGACGAAGAAGAAAGAGUGGAGAGGUAUGAGAAGGAGAAGAAAGAGAAGGAAGAGGAAGAAGAGAAGGGAGAAGAAGAAGAAGAAGAGGAGGAGGAGACAGCCAACACAUAUCCCAGUGUACCUAUGUGUUCCCUGUUGAAUCACCACUUCAGUCACCUGGCCACUAAAUUCCCUGAGUGCAAGUUCCUGAUGAUCCUCGCCGGGCAGUGUGUCCCCAACUACCCUGUCAGCCACCUCCCCCACCCUGUUCAUCUACGACUCAGGAUGUAUCAUCAAUUCACUGAUAGGAGAGAAGGCCUGUGGAGGGAGGAACGUAUUGGAAGAUGUCGGGGAGCGUUUGUGAUUGACAGCUACGAGGCCUUAUACCAGGAGGGCACGCCCAUCACGACGCCGCGUUCGGAACAGGACCAGGAAGACUACAGCGAUGACCAGUCUGAUCACUAUGACAACCAAGGCACCGAGGUGUAG